AUGCAAACAGCUAAUUAUUUAACGAAUAUUUCAUGUAAUCUAUCAGAAAUCGACAGUAAUCUAUCUACAACAUCAUCAUCAUCAUCAUCAUCAUCAUCAUCAUCAUCAUCAUCAACAACAACAACAACAGACAAAUUGAAUUCAUCAUCAUCAUCAUCAUCAUCAUCAUUUUUAAUUACAGAUAUUUUAGCUUCAAAUAAUUGUAUUAAUGAAAUUGUACAUUUAACAAAUGAUAAUCAGUCUACUGAUGAAAUGAUUUCAGUACAAAGACAAAAUCGACAACAGUAUGACAACGAAAAUGUUAAACAGUUUCAGUAUGAUAAUGAUAUAUCAAUGAAAUUAUUUACCGAUUAUCAUGACAAUAAUAAUAAUAAUAAUAAUCUUCAUGCUAAUAUUGACAAUAUUCAUAUAUGGCAAAUAUUAUUUGAAUCAUUAUUGACUAAUUCAACAUUAAAUAUAGAACAAUUAGAAUAUUUGUUACCAUUAACACAAAUGUCACAAAAUGAAUUUCCUAAUUUCUAUAAAGAGAAAUUACAAACAACUCAAGAAACAUUUCAAUAUCUACCAUUUGAAUUAUCACAACAAUAUCAACAAUUAAAUGAAAGUAUUGGACUUAAAUCCACUACCAAUUCAAAUGAUAUUCAUUCAUUGAAACAAUUAUCUCAGGAAAUUUGGCGAUUAUUUCAAGAAACAUCACUAAAUAAUAAUAAUGAUCUUAAGGAAAUAGAGAAUCAUUCUAUAACGAAUUAUAAUGAACAACAAUUAAAUUAUCAAAAUAAAUUCAAAUUAUUCUUGACAAAAUCAUAUGAACGAUAUUGCCGCCAUACAAUGGAUCAUUUAAAACAAACGGAGAAUUCAAUUCUCAAUACCGAUCAUCAUCAUAAUAAUAGCAGCACCGAUGAUAUGGAUUCUAAAAAUAAACCCCCAAAAAGAGAAGAAAAACAAGAACAAAAUAGUUGUCAAGAGGGGGAUUUAAAACUAUUAAAUUUAAAUGAUGGUCAUUUUAAAUCUUUUACAAAAAUUGAUAAAAUAAAAACUUAUCAAUUAUGGUUUAAUUCAUUAAAUUGUUUAAAUACACAACAAAAAUUAUAUCAUUUAUAUAAAACGAAUUAUUUCAUUAAAAAUUAUUGUCAAAAUGUGGAACAUUUAAAAAUGAAUGAAAAUGAUUCAUUGAAAAGUAACAAUAGUGUAAAUAAUAAUACAAUCACUACUAAUACUACUCAUAAUAGUAAUGAUAGUGCGAUUAAUAAUAAUAAUAAUCAUAAUCAUACUGUUAAUAGUGAUAUGAAUGAUACGAGUAAUAUUCAUAACUUAUCGAUACCUUCAAAUUCUGCCUUAGAUGCUUUAAUUCAUAUGACCACAUCUACAAUGCAACAAUUAAAACAUGAUGGUGAUUUCUCAGAUGAAUUAAAUGAAUCAUCUACAAUUCAAUUUUAUAAUAAAGUUUCACAAACACGUAAACGUCGUAAAACCCGUACAACAUUUUCUAAUUGUCAAUUAAAUGAAUUAGAAAAUAAUUUCAAUCGUCAACGUUAUUUAACACCAACUGAUCGUGAUCGAAUUGCUAAACAUUUAGGAUUAACUAAUACACAGGUUAUUACAUGGUUUCAAAAUCGUCGAGCUAAAUUAAAAAGAGAAGCUGAAGAACUUGAACGUGAUGUAAUGGCAUUAAAAAAACAAAAACAACAAAAAUUUACUUGUCUUUCAUUAUCUGAUCAUAAUCAUAAUGAAAUAGAAAUCAAUAAUGAAGAUGAACAAGGAGAUAACCACGACAACGACGAUGAUGAUGAUGAUGAUGAUCAAGAAGAACAAGAAGAACAAGAACAAAAAGAAAAAGAAGAGAAUUCACAUAAAAUUCAAUAUUUAACACAAUCUCCUUCAAUAUCUUCAUUGAAACAUUUUACAUCACCAAUAUUGAAUACACAUGAAACAUUGAAUAUGAAUUUGUUUAUUAAUCCAUUCAAUGAAUUCACUAAUGAAUCAUUCAUAAGUGAUAAACUAUUAAAUGAGAAAUGUUUAAAAGGAAAUAAGGAUUUAAGUGAACAACAAUUUCAUUUAUUAAAUCAUCAUAUAAACAAUUACUGUAAUAAUCCUAAUAAUAAUAAUAAUAAUAAUAAUAAUAAUAGUAAUAAUAAUAGGAAGAACAGUAUUGAUGGACUAAAUAAGGGUAGAUCUUUUAAGAAAUGUCAGAAAAUUUGGUGCCCUGCCUUAGAAUUAGAACAAGAGAUUAGUUAAAUAAACCUUCUUUUUUCUUUUUUUCUUUUCUUUUAACUCCAUUUUUUUAUAUUAAGUUCUUUUUUUGUUGUUGCUGUGGAAACAUUGAUUAUUCAACGAAUUUAGAUAAGCAACAAUUAUUUGUAAAAAAUGUGAACAAACUCAAAUAUAAUUCAUGAAAUCAUAAUACAACAAUUUGUUUA